AUGACAUCCUCUACUACAUCAGAUGCUUCUGUUGCUGAUGACGAGGCACCACGUCCACCAUUACCAAAGUUACCACGUUCAACUUUAAAUGAUUCGUUGUUACCUGAGUUAUAUAAAUGGUCAUUAUCUCAUGGUCUUAUGGUUUACAAGGAAAAUUCCACACCAAAUGAAGCUACAAUGGUUCCCUUGACUGCAUAUCCGACUCCAAUCCCAAGGAAAGCAUUCGAAGCUGCAAUUGAUGUUCAAUUACCAUUUAAUCAGUUAUACGCAAAGAUAUCGACAGUCGGAACAGACCAAGAGUCAUCAUUCAUUUCUAAAGUUUCAUCAAAAUUAGCUAAAUCAGAUCCAACAUUCACUGGAAAGUUAUGGACAUUACAAAGGAAAUUAUUCAAUCAACCAUCAUUACAAUCUUUUAACCUUGGUAUAUUCAGAUCAGAUUAUUUAAUUGACAAGACAAAUUUCUCAUCAAUCAAACAAGUGGAAUUCAAUACCAUAUCAGUUUCAUUUGCUGGGUUUUCUAAUAAAGUUGCCCAAUUACAUUCUCAUUUGAAUAGAUUGGGUCUUUAUGAUCCAUCUGGUAAAAACAAGCAAGUUUAUUUCGACGAAGUGCCUGUAUCUAACCCUGCUAAUGGGUUUGCUAAAUCAAUGAAGAAAGCUAUUGAAUUCUAUUCUGCAUCAUCCACAUAUACUACUGAUAGAGAAUUAGUAGUUGCUUUCAUUAUUCAAAGAAAUGAAAGGAAUGUCUUUGAUCAAAAAUGUAUCGAAGAUGAAUUAUGGGAAUCGUAUGGGAUCAAAUCAAUCAGAUUAACAUUCGAUGAUGUUGUGAAUGAAUUGGAAUAUGUAAAGAAUGAUGAUGAGAGAAGAUUGAUUGUUAAACGUACAGGUCAAGAAAUUGCCGUAGUUUAUUAUAGAACUGGGUAUACUUUUGAUGAUUAUAUAUCUGAAAAGGAUUGGGAUGCAAGAUUUUUCUUAGAACAAAGUUUUGCUAUAAAGGCUCCAAAUUUAUUGACUCAAUUGUCUGGUACUAAAAAGAUUCAACAAUUAUUAACUGAUGAUAAAGUUCUUUCACAAUUUAUUGGCGAUGACGAGGAAUUAAGGGCGAAAUUAAAUGAUACCUUUGUUAAGAUUUAUCCAUUAGAUAAUACUGAAAUGGGUGAAAUGGGUAAAAAAUUAGCCACAGAUCCCAAAUUAUGUGAAAAUUACGUUUUGAAACCUCAAAGAGAAGGUGGUGGUAAUAAUAUUUAUAAGAAGGAUAUACCAAAGUUCUUAUCAACAUUAAAUGAAAAUGAAUGGGAUGCUUACAUUUUAAUGGAGUUGAUUCAUAAUGAACCGAGUUUAGACAAUAUCAUUUGUAGGAAUGAUGAAAUUUUCCCUCUACCAAUAUUAAGUGAAUUAGGUAUUUAUGGUACAAUAAUAUUUGAUGAUAAGGGCGGAAUCUAUUACAAUCAUUGUCCAGGUUGGUUAUUAAGAUCUAAAUUCGAAACAUCAGAUGAAGGUGGUGUUGUCGCAGGAUUUGGUUGUCUAGAUAGUGUUUUCCUUUAUUGA